AACACGGUUUAUACAGCCAACAACACAAUUCAUCGCUGAUAGCUAUGAGAGUCUUUACGGAAUCAACGUGAAUCACAACAUGCAGGUGUGCAGCACAUGGGGAAACUUCCACUUCAGUACAUUUGAUGGACAGUUCUUCCAGCUGCCCUAUACCUGCAACUACAUACUGACCACCCUGUGUGACAGCACCAAGACUGACUUUAACAUCCAAAUGAGGAGGCAGUAUAUCAACAAUCUCCCCACCAUCAGCUCCUUCACCAUAAAGAUACAAGGGGCUGUGUUCCAGCUUCAAGGUGGCAACAUAACCUUGAAUCAGAAGAUUGUGGACAUACCAAGCUAUCAGAAUGGAAUUUCGAUUGAGAGAGGUACAAGUUUCAUUAAGAUCCGCUCCAAGAUAGGACUGACUGUCUUUUGGGAUGAACGCAACACUCUAUCGAUUGAGAUAUCCACAAAGUACAGGAAUCAGACCUGUGGACUUUGUGGGGACUUCAAUGGCGUCAAGAACAAUGAAUUCAGUGAAAAGGGUGAGCCAAUGACAUCACAACAGUAUGGCCUUAAAUGGAAGAUGGAUGCACCCAACAAGAUAUGUGAAGAUACAGAGCUCUAUACGAAAAAAUGUGUGGUUCAGAAAACCAAAUGUGAACGGUUGCUUUCUAAUCCAGCCUUCAGUAGCUGCCAAACACUGCUGUCCACUGACGCAUUUGUGGAAGCCUGUGUUAAAGACAUGUGUCAGUGUAACAGCAGCCAGGCUUUGUGUCUGUGUGACACACUAUCUGAGUUCUCACGCCAGUGUGCGCAUGCUGGGGGCAAGCCGCAGAACUGGAGGACCAACUAUUUGUGUGAUAAAAACUGUUCAUUUAACCUGAAGCACAAGGAAUGUGGGAACCCAUGCAAAGACUCCUGUUCUAACCAAGAGGAGAGCCAGAUCUGUGAAGAGCACUGUAUAGAGGGCUGUUUCUGUCCACCAGGAACUGUGUUUAAUGACAUUGAGGAAAAUGGCUGCAUCCCAGUUAAAAAGUGUCCCUGCAUCCACAAUGGACGGAUUUAUCAGCCUGGAGAGUCAUACAACAGAACCUGUCAAAAAUGUGUGUGUUCUAAAGGCCAGUGGAGCUGUAAGAACCUGGACUGUCCUGGCACUUGUUCUUUGCAAGGAGGGUCACAUAUCACCACAUACGACGGCAAAGCUUACACUUUCCAUGGAAACUGCCACUACGUUCUUUCUAAGGUUGAUACUGUGACUGUAUUGGUGAAUCUGGUGCAGUGUGGUCAGACAGAUACUGAAACAUGUCUAACUGACGUCAAGUUCAUCACCCCAACAGCUACUGUUACAUUCUUGUCCACUGGCACUGUACAUGUGAAUGAUAUUACAACUAAACUUCCGAUUUUUAUUGAUCAAGUGACAGUCUUCAAGCCCUCUACGUUCUACAUCAUCGCCCAUACUCCAAGCCUUCAGCUGGUGAUCCAAAUGGUUCCAGUCAUGCAAGUGUACAUCGUAGCCAGCUCUAAAAAGAAAGGAACAUUGAGCGGUCUGUGUGGGAAUUUUAAUGAUGUCCAGGCAGAUGAUUUCAAAACCGAAUUAGGACUGAAAGAGGGCACAGCCACAACUUUUGCCAACAUGUGGAAAGUUAUCACCAUCUGUCCAGAUGUUAGUAACUACAAUCAAGACCCCUGUAGUAUGAGUGUUGAAAAAGAGAGGUUUGCCAAAGAAUGGUGCUCCCUCCUUACUGAACCAAAAGGAGUCUUUUCUAAAUGUCAUGCCGAAGUCAAUCCAAGUCCUUACAAAGAUAGGUGCAUUUAUGAUGCAUGCAAGUGUGCCAGAAGUGAAGAAUGCAUGUGCGCAGCUGUGUCUUCCUACGUCCAUGAAUGUGCUGCUGAAGGUGUUCUGCUUCAGGGCUGGAGAAACAUCACCUGUGGCAAGUUCUCCCAAGAUUGUCCAGGCAAUAUGGUGUACUACUACAGCUUGAACAGUUGUGAGACCACCUGCCGCUCCCUCAGUGGGUUUGACUACACUUGUCAGGUGUCUUACACACCUGUGGACGGCUGUGCCUGUGCCAAGGGUACCUACCUCGAUGACAAGGGUGACUGUGUGCCUGCCUCCAGCUGCCCAUGUUACAACAACAAUCAGGUUGUGGCCCCCUCUCAGGUCAUCAGCAAGGAUGGAACAACAUGCACUUGCACUCACGGCAAGUUAAAGUGCCUUGGGAAACUGCAACUUGACUGUCCAGCUCCCAUGUACUACUUCAACUGCUCCAAUGCUGCACCUGGAGCAAAAGGCGUAGAAUGUCAGAAAAGCUGCCAGACACUGGACUCAAACCAGUGUAUGAGCACACGGUGUACAUCAGGAUGUGUGUGUCCAGAGGAUCAACUGGCUGAUGGACAAGGAGGGUGUGUAAAAGAAGAAAACUGUCCAUGUUUUCAUAAUGGAGUUUUCUACCAGCCUGGACAGACUGUUAAAGAAGACUGUAACACAUGCACUUGCAGAAGUGGAAAGUUUCAGUGCACAAGCAAAAAGUGUCCCAGCGUUUGUAUCAUCUAUGGAGAAGGUCAUUACAUGACCUUUGAUAGUUUGAGAUAUUCUUUCAGUGGUGACUGUGAAUACAUGUUGGCCCAGGAUUACUGUGGCAACAGUCUCAGUGGUUCAUUUCGUAUCAUCACAGAAAAUAUCCCCUGUGGCACAACCGGAACCACCUGCUCCAGAUCUGUCAAACUCUUUCUAGGGAACAAAGAGUUUGUACUGUCAGAGGAGAAAAUUAAAGUUUUCAGUAAUAAUAAUGGCACAGAAAUCGGUCACAAAAUCUACACUGUGGGGAUUUACUUUGUCAUUGAGACCAGUAAUGGUCUCAUUCUGCACUGGGACAAGAAAACAAGUCUAAAGAUUACACUUGAUCCCUUGUUUAAGAGAAAAGUAUGCGGACUGUGUGGAAACUACGAUGGCAACGGGAAAAAUGACUUUGUGACUCGUGGUGGGGAGGAAGUGGUGGAUCCACUUAAGUUUGGAAACAGCUGGAGAGUUUCUUCUGCAUGCCCCAAAGCCAGCAUUAUCAGCAGCCCCUGCAAUAUGAGACCAUCCCGCCAGGCCUGGGCCCUCAAACAAUGCAGCAUUAUCAAGAGUGAUGUCUUUAAGUCAUGUCACUCCUUAGUGGAUCCAGCUCAAUAUUAUGAUAUAUGUGUGCAAGACACGUGUGCAUGUGACAGCGGUGGAGACUGUGAGUGUUUCUGCACUGCCGUAGCAGCGUAUGCUGCAGCAUGCAACGAGAAGGGAGCCUGCAUAUCGUGGAGGACCCCAACCAUCUGCCCUUUGUUCUGCGACUACUACAAUGUACCUGGAGGCUGUGAGUGGCACUAUAAACCCUGUGGGCAGUGUGUGAAAACCUGCAGCAAUCCGUCAGGAGUCUGCUUAAAUCAAACUCCAGUAGAGGGAUGUUUCCCCAAGUGCCCCACAGACAGGCCAUAUUUGAAUGAGACAACCAUGAAGUGUGAAAACUGCUGGCCAGUACAAACAUCAACAACAACAGCAAAAACCAAAACUACCAAAAUUCGCUCAACAACAUCAAGAACUCCAUCAACCACAGCAAAGACAACAACAAAAACGACAACAGGCUCUACCACAAGAAGUUCAACAACCUAUUUAGUGUCCACAACAAUGAAAACUACAACAAUAACAACUCCAACAACACCUGGUUGUUUGCCUUUGACUUGCCAGUGGUCUCAGUGGUUGGACACCAACUACCCUGAUAGUGUAACAACCAAAGGAGGAGGCGAAUUUGAAUCUAUAGCUGCCAUGUGGAAAUCUGGAAACAUUACCUGUGAGAAACCAGCAGACAUUGAAUGCAGAGCCAAAGAAUACAAGGAUGUGCCUUUAGCAGAUUUGGGUCAAAAUGUGACAUCCAUCAUCAACAACAAAAGAAAAAACAACCACAGCUACAACAGGCUCUACCACAAGACGUUCAACAACCUAUCCAGUGUCCACAACAAUGAAAACUACAACAGUUGGCUCAACAUCAAGAACUCCAUCAACUACAACAAGGACAACAACAAAAACUACAACAGGCUCUACCACAAGAAGUUCAACAACACGUAUCUCGGUGUCCACAACACCAGCCAAAACUACAACAGCAUCAAAAAGUUCUACAACUAUGACUGUAACUACUAA